UGAUUACCACACAACGAUUAAGUAAAUAUUUGUUUGUCACAAAAAUCCGGUAUACGACCGUUUUCAUCUGAUCACGCUUUGACCUUAUUCUUUCAAAACUUGAUAAACGAGUUGCUACAUCUGCACAGUCGCGUGGACCAUGUCUCUCGCAUCAGAAGUUAAACUGUCACUGACACCCAAUUAUCCUAAAAAAUUCGCAGGGCUUAUAACUGGUGACAAGUGGUUCGAGGCCAAACGAGAGGGCGAUGGAGCCGAAGGACUGUGGCGGAUCCACGAUGGUUUGUAUGACGUAAGCGAAUUUGUGCAGUCGCACCCCGGCGGGUCGAGCUGGCUGGAGAUGACAAAGGGCACAGACAUUACGGAGGCGUUCGAAUCCCACCACCUUUCCUCGGCACCAGAGCAAAUGUUGAAGAAGUUUUACGUGCGCAAAGCCGUUAAGCAUCGCAAUUCGCCCUUCACCUUUGAAGAGGAUGGCUUCUAUCGCACGUUGAAGAGGAACAUCCAACCGGUUUUGAAAACCAUCCCCAAAAAUACGUCUAGGACCACUGAUCUAGUGACAGACGCGUUGGUAGUUGCGACGUUCCUCACGGCGAUUUGCGCCUGUAAGCUUUCCAGCUUCGCCAUCGGCGUUAUUUCCGCUUGCAUACUUACAUUCGGUUCAAUCGCCUCACACAAUCACUUCCACAAGCGCGACAACUUCAGGAUGUACUACUUCAAUUUGUGCCUAAUGGACUUCAGAGGAUGGAGAGUUUCCCAUGUAUUAAGCCACCACUUGUUCACCAACACCAUUUAUGAUUUAGAAGCUGUCACGUGGGAGGUAUUAGCGCCACAUUUUCCCGUGAAGAAGCCCUUCUUCACCAAAUGCAGAUCGUUCGUGACCAUAACUUUGCUUUGGGUCGCCUUUUACUUCCUUGCGUACCUGUUCAAGAUAAUUUCCAUGAUCCAAAGUAGAAAAGUGUACAUCUCAGAUUUCAUACCGUUUACCCUCCCAUUGGCAAUGUACCUUACUUGCGGGGUAGAUCUGCAGGUCGUUUUAAAGAUGUGGCUUUUUAUAGUUACCGUAUCAAGCUUCGUCUUUGCUGCUAUUGGAACUAGUGCAUCCCACCAUCACCCCGACGCCUUCCACGAAGGCGACGCGCCCAGAGCAAAGAAGUUAGAUUUCGGCAUUCACCAGUUGGACACAACCUACGAUCGAUGCGAGGUGACCGGAAACCCAUUUUUGGUGCUUACAACAUUUGGAGAUCACGCUCUUCACCACUUGUUUCCGACGAUCGAUCACGGUGCCUUACAAUACCUGUAUCCGGUCUUCGAAAAGACCAUGAAGGAAUUUGGAAUUGAUAACCAAAUGAAGCCACUAAGUGAAAUGUUCGUGGGUCUGUACCGACAAUUACUGAGAGAGGAACCGCACCUUCUGCCACGUGGUUCAAGGAACACGUAGUAUGGUAGUAAUAGUGAUCUUACGUAGCAACAUAAUUUUUGUAAGUGCUUGUUCACAAUGGACAUAAGCGUUACAAAAACAUAACAGAUACAUAAAACAUAAUAUUGACAUAAGACAUAAUUUUACGCAGGUGGAGAAAGUGUUCACAGUGACCG